AUGGAUGCACUAGAGGGUGAUAGGCAUGGAAAAGCAGAAAGAGAAGUGGUGGUUUUAGAGCAGAGGCAUGAAGAUGAGCUCUUUUCACUAUUUACUCUUGCUUGGGACUUUUGGUGGAGAAGGAACCAAAUGGUUCAUGAGCAGGAGAGUUUAGAAGUAAACCAGGUUAUUGAUUAUGCCUUUUCUGCUCAAAAGUCAUUCUCUGAGUUGAAACAAGUACCUCAGUCUAUGGUUAGAGCUUUUUAUGAGUGGAAGCCCCCACCUAGUAAUUGGUUGAAAUUGAAUGUAGAUGGAGCUGUUUUUGAUGAAAUCAAUAAAGCAGGAGUAGGGCUGGUGCUUAGAGAUGGGAAGGGUAAUGUUAUGUUGGCUGCUAGUAAGAUUGAGUAUGAAGUAUCAGACGCGCAAGCUAUUGAAUUAUUAGCAAUCUUUCGAGCUUUACAGUUGUGUGCUAAUAUGGGGAUCCAAAGACUAUUGCUAGAGUCAGAUUGCUUGAUGGCUGUACAAGUGCUCAAUAUUGAUCUUGAAUCUGCUGCUCUGUUAGAUCCACUAGUGCAUGAAAUCAGAAAAUUACAAGGAUUAUAUGCAGAAUAA